GGCCGCGAGCCGGCCGCAAGUCUCGUGGACCACUCGCCUCGGGGAUGGCGGCUCCGCGCGGUCGGGCUGCCCGGGCGCUGGCCGCUGUGCUCUGCUGGGCGGCGGUGAUCUACCUGACGUGCACGAUGUCCGCCUUGCCGUUUGCGGUGGCGCCGAAGGCAAGGCUGCAGCUGGCGCACGGCGCAAAGGAGUUCAACUCGCAGGGCGGCCUCUCCUCUGGGAGUCCUCCUGUCCAGCAGGGUCACACGGCGGGCGCUGCCUGUCUGGCUGCAGGCGUUGGGUGCUCGCUCGCGCUGGGCCUGGUCGCGAAGAUGCAGGCUCCGUCCGUGACCGCUGCAGCAGCAGCACCCGCAGCGGCAAAACCGAAGGCGAAGGCAAAGGCCAAGGCCAAGGCCAAGGCGAAGGCGAAGGCGAAGGCGCCACCGGUGCCGCUGGCGGAGCAGGCCAGCAUGGGCCUCUUCGCGCCCGUCGUGGUCGCGGGGUCGGCCGUGGUCGGGGACCCGUUCGUCACCAAGGCGCGCGGGAAGGGCAUCGGGCUGCACUCCCAGGCCAUCAACGCCUUCUGCGAGCGGUUCGCGAUCCCGGCCAGGAAGCGCCAGGGCUUCAUCAAGACGGCCAAGAAGGUCGGGCACGACCUGGGCAUGCUGCCCCCCGGCGGGCACUUCGAGGAGGGCCUGUUCGGGAAGCAGGCGAUGCAGCUGUGGAAGGACUGGGGCAUCGACCGUUGGUGA